CACUCGUGUUCAAACCCACUCUCACACACACUCACUCUCAGCUGCCACCGGGACGAGAGGAUAACUUUUGACUAUUUAUACAUUCUUUAAAGUAUUGUUGCUUGUGUGUUGUAUGAUGAUGAACGGCGGCAGCACAAGUUUGUGCACCAUGGAGGACAUCAGGAAGCAAGAACAUGACAAGGAGAGGUGCAGGCGACUGAGACUCACACUGCACCACCAGACCCCGGCAGCUUGGACCCCCGAGCAGCAGAACUACAGGACUAAGCCGGUUGGACGAGCCUACGCGCUGGUGCAGCCCGCCAACGACAGGACCCUUGUGACCCCGGCUAAAGAGGAGCAGGUGGAAGUGAUCAAGGUGUAUUUGGAAGCUCGCAGACAAGACAACCAGAAGCAGAGUGAGAACCUGAAGAUGCUGUCCGAUGAAGUUUCACAGAUACAAGAGGUGAGGUACUGCCUGAAGACACUAAGGGAGCAGAUGGCGUCUAAGAGUAAGAUGCACACUAACGGGUGGAAGGUCACCUCCCCAUUCAAGAAGCAGGCCCAGAAAGGCAGAGCCCAAAGUGAUGGACAGGAGGCAGACGAGGAGGCGGAGCAGACCAAGCUGAGAGAAGUGAGUAAGCGCUUGUAUGCGCAGCUUCAAGAUGCUGAGAAGAAGCACCAGGAGGAGAGAGCGAAGCUGCAGGCUGAGGGCGGCAUGCUGAGGGAGCGUCUCAGCAAGCAGGAGGAGAAGUUAAAGACCACCGAAGAAGACGUGGAAAAGAAAGACCACCGCAUAGAGGAGCUGCAGAGGUUACUUGGAGGCAUGGAGAAGGAGAGCGCCACCUUGAGGGAAACCAUUAACAGCCGGGAGGAGGAACUGCGCGAGCUACGCCACAUUCAAAAGGACGGCCCGAAGGGAGAAGAAAGGGCGGAGCAGUUGGAGAAAGACGUGGCCAUUCUCAGAGAGAAGAUCCACCAUUUGGACGACAUGCUGAAAAGCCAGCAGAGGAAAGUCAGACACAUGAUCGAACAGCUCCAGAACUCUCGCAUGGUGAUCCAGGAGCGCGAUCGUGUGAUCAAAGAGCUGGAGGAGAAAGUAGCCUUCCUGGAGGCAGAGAACCGAGAGAUGCACGACCAGGUGGACUUCUUCCUGGGAGGAUCAGACAGUCAUGCCUAUCUUUCAUCCGAACGCAACCCCCAGAUUGUCUACAGCAAACCAAUCAAGCUUUCAACCUCUUCCAACAAACCGCUGCCAUUCAUCAAGGUCAUUGAGAUCAAGUCUUGAGACCACCAAGAAGAGAAGUUUUUAUAAAAAAUGUUAUUUGAACCACCACAGCUUUUGUUGUGUAUGCAGACUGAAAAGAAGUACUACCACUCACAAACCUGACAUGACAUGUCCAACUGCAACUAGUGCUUUAAUUUCACCUCUUGAAGGAUGCAGUAGUGUGUGCGCUUUAUGGGCGACUGGGUCAACUGUCCCUAACAUACAAGCUACUUGUUUGUUGGUUUGUUUAACAUAUAAUGUUAAUUAUUGGAUGUAUUUCCUUGGAGAGGAGUGCAAAGUUAGGCUUUUUAGAAGCAGUGAUGUAGCGUCAAUUUUAUCCAAUCACUUACCAGUGCAUAGUGCAGUAUGAUUCUUGACAACUGUAAAGGCUAAUUUUAUGCUACGUGUACUACUACUACUGUACUGGCUAUGUAUAUAAAUUGAAGUGUCACUCAUUUGAAAUACAUCCUGCAAAGCAUUUCAAUCAUCAUUGUUGUGCAAACAGCCGCCGAGCUUGAAUGUCAUUUGAAGUUUUAUUUUGUAACCUUGUAUUUAUUUAUAUAAAAAAAAUUAAAACAUUUGACUAAUUCAAA